AUGAUGACUCACCUCUCGUUUCGCUCCUGGUGCGACCACUGUGUCGCUGGAAAGUCCAGGGAGGACUCUCACCCGUUGCGAGAGGCACGGAAGUGUAAGGGCGAGGUCCCCCGUUUCUGCGUAGACUAUGCCUUUUUAGGCAGCGCGUUGAAGGGCGAGAUGCCUAAGACGGCAGAGGCGUUAAAGGAGCCCCUUGACGCGGAGGACGCCCAACGACCAAUACUGGUCAUGGUGGAUCAGGAGACGGGAGCGACCUUCUCCUACUUGGUCACAAAGGGGGUCAACAACUACGCCGUUCAUGUUAUGAACGAGGCCCUCAAGUUUGCGGGAAGACAAAGGGUGAUCAUCAUGUCGGAUGGCGAGCCCGCGAUCCGAGCCGUGGUGGAUACGGUGGCCAGACAGGCCGGAAGGGAAACCCAGGUGCAGCACGCACCAAAGGAAACACAUGGACCCAGUAACGGGGCAGCCGAACGAGCUAUCCUAGAGGUGGCCAGGCAGGCCAGGACGCUGGUCCAUGCCCUCGAGACACGUUAUCCUGGAUACCAACUCAAGGGUGACAACGAGGUGUUUCCUUGGGUGAUUCGCCACAGUGGUUGGCUUAUCACCCGGUUCCUGAUCAAGGCUGAUGGAAAGACGCCCUAUGAACGGCUGAAGGGCCGAGAAUACAAGGGCGAGAUAGUGGAUCCACUGGAAACUAUCCACUACAAGAUCGACAAGGAUCAAAGGGGCAAGCUGGAUGCCCAAACUUCCAUUGGCAUUUGGUUGGGUAAGACCCUCAGUGCAGAUGAGCACGUUGUGGGAACUCCGCAGGGCAUCCGAAAGUGCCGCUCGGUCUGGAGGAGACCGGAGCCCAGGAGAUGGGAAAAGCACCGCUUGGAGGCGGUGACGGGCACACCCUGGCAGCCCAAGAGCCAGGCGUUGGUGGUACCGGGUGACAACAGGCCAAUCACCCUGCCAGACGGGCGCAAGGGGAGAUCUGUAUACAUCACCCUGGAGCGCCAGAUCAAACGUGGCCCAACGCCAGGCUGUCCGGGAUGCAACUGCUCUGCAGGAGAAGUGAAGCCACACAGCCCAGAGUGCAGGAAGAGGUUCGGUGAACUCUACCCUCGAGAGGCCACAGGCUACAGCACAGAGCCAGGCGAAGAAGGGGCGGAUGCAAUGGACAUCUCCGGGGCUGGUGCUUCCGCCCGCCCAGGAAAGCGAGCCACAGGGUUCGGGGGGAACCGACGCUGUGCAAAGCCGCAAGGACCUCAAGAAGCAGUUGGCCGACAAGCCAGGGAGCGGAGAGAAGCCGCGCAGCAAGCGCAGGAAGAGCCUGAAAGGUUCAGGCUUACACAGAAGGGCUCCAAGAGAACUGCAGAGGUUCCCGUGGAAGAAGCGGUUGCUGAAGCAGCCGCGGAAGAGGUGAUAGGGGAGGCGCUUCCUGUUGAAAAGGUCAAGAAAGCGCGUGGCCGUGAGCUUGACAAGAUGCUAAGGAGGACAUCACCUGGGAAGAGGCUAAAAGCCGAGGAAGUCAACGUGAGCCAAAGGGAUGACGUGGCGUCCGGAACGCCUCCGUUGAAGGCCCACCGGAUGGUCCUGUCCCACGCGGCUACCAAGGCUCCAGGCGCGCGUGCUAACAAGAAGCUUAUCGCCAGAUACGACGUAUCAGUGGCAUUCUUCCAUGCAGGCUCAACAGGGAAGAUUGCUGUGGUUCCACCAAAGGACUUGGACCAGAGUCGCUUGUGGUUCCUGAACAAGGCGAUGAAUGGAACGCGGGAAGCGUCCAAAGAAUGGGCAGCAAAGAUCCUCAAGAACACCCUGUCCAUGACCUCAUGGUGUGCUGCCAUGGGGGUAAAGAUCCUCCCCAAGUUGGGGCCGCCAGAGCAUGGCGGAGAGUGCUCCGAGGGCACACAUCUGCAUCGGAAGCUUACCUGGAGCAGGGAAGGCUACAGCGGAAAAGGGGUUGACACCCCAGCCUCCAAGGAGACAGGAAAGAACGACAGGUUUGCGGAGGAGGAGCUGUCGCCUGAGGAGGCCAGUGAGUUCCGAAGGCUCGCGGGGACAGCGCUGUAUCUGAGUCUUGACCGGCCCACGAUACAGUUUGCAAUAAGCGACAUUACUGCAGGAAUGGCCAAGCUGCGUCGCAUUCACAUGCACCGGCUCAAGCGCCUAGCCCGCUACCUACUCAAGUUUCCGUCGGAGGUGUGGGUCUACAAGUACCAGGAGGCAGAGUACUAUGCCUUGACCCGUGGUGUAGCGGCAGGCCGCAUAUCGCAACAGAUCUGGGAGAUCAUUGGCUACAAGCUUCCGCUGGUGGCCAAGACUGAUUCGACAGCUGGGAAGGGCAUUGCCCAACGAAAGGGGAAGCACCUGGAGCUCAGGGAGCUCUGGCUGCAAGACUACGUGCAGCAGGGCAAGGUGCAAAUCCGGAAGGAAGCCACCACAACAAACGUGGCUGAUCUAGGAACUAAGGCCCUAAACGGCCCUAGGAUCACGGAGUUGACCAGGAUGCUGCCUCUCCGAAGGGGCUUCGUGGCAGCGAUUCUGGCAAUGUGUUUGAACGUGGCUGCGGCACAACCGCAGGAAGAAGAAGUCAGCUUCGAUGCUGCAGGCUUCUGGGUGUACAUGCUCAUUGUGCACCUCUUGGCCCUGAUUGGGCUGGUUCAGGUCGAACUCGUCGACACAAACGAGUGGUACAGUGCAG